AGUGCCAUCACGGCGCGGCUGUUGACGAUAACACGCAAACGGCCACCGUUCCAUCCACAUGGUCAUGGCGAAAAUGCCGUAUUGGUUACACUUCGACCUUACUUUCAUCAGGAUUCAUUCACUGUUGAGCACAUACUUUCAUUUGUACGACGCUUGCCGAAGCUUGUCUUCAAUAGCGUGACAAAGACAACACGAUAUCAAUCGUUAUGGCAGAAUAUGCCGAGGUGGCGGCGCCGACUUCCAUGAAUUCAGCCCCUGCACACCAACCGAACACGGAGACAGUCCCAAUGCUCAUGGCAGGCUGGUCUAAUGAAGAAACUCCGACUGCCCUGCACACAGCUGCUGUAGAUCCACAAGAGCUCGAGACAGCUCCAACGACCAUGGCAGCACGAGGCGAAGACGCGGCGUUAGCUUCCAUGAUUUUAGAGACCGCAGCAGUCUCUCGGAAUGAAUGCAGAUUACUGAGCUUGCCCGCUGAGCAACGAAACGCCAUCUACCAUCUCGCUAUGGUACAACCACGACCGCUUAACGUGGCACAGAGGACGGAUGUCCGAGAGCCCGGCCUGCUGUCUACUUGCAAGCAGAUCCGAGCGGAGGCUUUGGCCGUCUUCUACGGCACCAACCUGUUCAGAGACAUAAACACCGCUCCGCGGUAUUACAUCGACGUUGCAACGGGCGAAAGGUUCCGACAUCUCACUCAUGCGCCGGCAUGGUUGAAGCAGAUGAGUAGCGCAAAGCGAGCACUCAUUAGACGUAUCGAGGUGUGUUACAAGAUUGACAUAGCCCAAGACCUCUUCUGGUACAUCAUGUCUACCGAGCCGUAUCGCACCCGGUGGGAGCAACUCAGACGCCAGCCUGGGCCUUGCGAGGGGCGCAAGGCGUACAUUAAGGGCGUGAUUAUGGAAUUCGGCGAGGAUAUGGCCAGGCAAUUCCUGCUUGAUGACAACCAUCACAUGAAGAAUAUCAAAGCUGUCCCUUGGCACCACGGAACUCUGGAGACCUCUUCACGCUACAUUUCCUCGCGGAGAGAUCCAGGAGAAAUGGGCCGAGGGGUUUAGCAGUAUCAGUGAGCUGUGGUAGCUUCCACCUACUUUAAUUGACGCGCAGAGAAUACCUGGAGUACGUUGAGAGGCUCAUUUGCUCUGGUGACUGAGCGCAAGUGCAGGAUAAUAUUGUGAUUCUAGUCCAUAACGGCAACUAU